AUGGCCCUUCUGGCCGAAGAGGGCAAUGGCGGCAAAGAAUUCGAGGAUUCCAUUGAAGACCUUGAAGAUUUCGAGGCCGGCACUGCAUCCGGCUUUCUUAGGGGGACGAGGAAGAUCUCAGUGACCAUCGGUGCUGUCUUUUGCCUGGGAAUUUUGGGCACGAUCUCCCUUCAGCCGCGGCGAAGCCAAGCCGAAGAGAUAUCUGCAAGAAGUGGGAGCUCAACCCACCUAGACCGCUUUGACUUCCUCCUGGAGCGGGAGCUUUUUGAUGUCAGCUUGUUCGACAACAUUAACGUGCCCUACAGCUCGGAGCCCGAGGAAUCCCAGGUCGUUAAAACCACUUGCGUCAUCGAUAUCACUCAAGCAACGAUGUAUUUGGGAAAUGCGAUCGUUUACAUCUACAGGGCUGCGAUUUGCCCUGACAACGAGCCCCUGGGGUGUACGGAACCAGUCGCCUAUGCUGUCACAGCUUUGACCUGGCUGGGCUCCUUCCUGGCCAGCGCUUCCACUUCCUGUGCGGAGUCGCUGAAUCCUGCAAGUGCCUGCAUUGCCGCCACGCUUCGCGACCUCUCAGCCGCGGGCUCCACGGUCUUUGGCUUCAAAGAGGAUUGCCUCCUGACCAAGCCUUUGAUGGACAGUCGGGUCUACCAGGACAGAAGAAAGAUUCCACCCAUAUUGGAGAAGAUCUACUCUCUGAACCAGCCCUUUAAACCAGAACAAAGACGCCGGUUGGACGAGUUCAAGGUCCUUCCAAGCCCCUCCGAUGACGGCCACAAAACCGGGCUGUAUCGCAACAAGUCGGCGGAAGUGCGCAGAUGGUUGCAGGACAAGAGCAGCAAGCGGCCCGACAAGCAUCAUGCUGCUUUGCCCAACGUACUUUUCGAAGCGGCGACUGCUGGAAUUGACACGCGACUCCUAGACGACGACCAGACGAUCGAGAAGAUUCGAAAUAUUACCCGACUCAGACGGAGGGGGAGGGAAAGAGGCUUUGCGAUCGCACAGUGCGUAUUCAACAGUGUGGACGCCGCGGCUUGGCUCAUACGAGCAUUUCUCUCCAUCCAUGAUGCUGCUCGCUCCUGCGGCAAUCGGAAGGAAUGUGCGGUGGACGUCCUUUAUGUCAUUGGCUCCUUUGCGUACACUGCGCAGAUGCUGUCAUUUACCUUCGUGGAUUGCCCUCAGCGAGGCAAGCGGGAAGCAUUAUGCGGAGCGAAUGUGGCCGAUGUGGUUGGCAGCAUGGCGAUCUUCGUGGCCUCCAUCAUACAGGCCCUCGGCAAGUCCUGCAAAGACGGGCAAGCCAGUAGCAUCGGGCUGCUCGGCGGCAUCGGCGACGAACCUCUCCUCGGAAGCGUGGACCUUUACCUUGCAUCGCACAGAAGUGAAGAACCGGAGGAGAGGGUACGAGUGGAUGGAAUUCCGGAGUCGUACCUCUUAGCUGACAGGUGUGGCUUCCGAGACUCUGAGCUUCGAGACUUCUGCUGGGCCUUCCGCCUCUACGACGUGCUCGGGGAUGGCAAGAUAGACGCCAUGCAGAUCCGGUCUGCCCUAGCCUGGCUUGGAGAAGAGCCUACGGAUCGGCAGUUCUUGCAAGUCAUGAAUGACAUCGAUAGCCACGGAAAGGGGAUCCUGGACUUCCAGCGCUUCGUGAAACUGAUGGCCAAGUUUGACAGGUCGAUGAUCACCGAAGACGAGCUGGUGAAUGCCUUCAAAAUCUUUGACAAGGACAAAAGCGGGACGAUCGAUGCUAUCGAGCUUCAAGAUGUGCUUUGCAAGCUGGGUUUCGAGGUGAACCCGUUGCAGGCCGAGGAGAUGAUUCAAGCUGCCGACGAUGACAACAGUGGUGAAUGCGAGUACGGAGAGUUUGUAAGGAAGAUCAUUGAGAACCAAUGA